AUGUUGGCCGCCUUGGAGAAGAAUCCCACAUCUUUUUACGCUGACACGACCCCGCAGGUGGUGGGCGGCAGCCCGGACUCGGUGGCCGUGGAGGAGUACAAAAGAACCCUCAAUAUGGAGCGGCCGGACAUCACCUUAAAUAGGGGCCGCUUUAUAUUCUCUUAUGACCUUAGGCCAUAUCUCUGCCAAAUCAUUGUCCCCUGCCACAUCAUCCAGAGCUCCAAGGAUGCGAUUGUGUCGGUCGAGGUGGGUGAGUACAUCCACCGGAGCCUGGGCGGGAGGUCGGUCUUGGAGUUGAUUCCAACAGAGGGUCACUUGCCAAAUGCCACAUCUCAGCUCCCCGGAGCUCACAAACCCGGUGCUGCUCCGCCACAUACACCAGGACAUCUAGUUAUAUUGGGCUUGGUUUGA